AUGCAUGAGGGCAGAAAGGAUUUUUGGGAGUCCAGUGUAAGGUUGUCGGUUGGUACGGACGAUUUCGGGAUGUUCCUGGAAGAGAGGGACGGGAGGAAGAGGAAGUGGGAGGGGAAGGGCGAGGAAAGGGAGCAAAGGAAGGUGCCGCCAAAGAAAAUUAUGGCAUCCCUCGGCGAGAUGGGAGGUAGUGGUACAAGCUCGUCAUCAUCACACAUGUCUCCCGGGUGGCAGGUCAACGACCUCGACCUGGAUCUACCCGGAGAGCUGUCGAUGAAUGAAGCUCUUCUGUCACUGCCAUCUUUGGCGGUGUUCAAGCAAGAGGCGCCGUCGCCCACUGGGAAUGUACUCUCGCCACCACGCCGUGCCUGGCCGGCACGCAGACCUGGGGAGAGACAGGUCACUAACAUGGCUAUCGAUAACCGCGAGCCAAUGGACGAGGGUUGUCAGGAGUCGCCGACACUCAACAAUACAAUGAUGAGUCAGCAUUCUAGCAGCCCAGAAAGCAUGCAAUGCCAAACGACAAUGCCUCAAGGCAUGAUGGACAUGAGCGGGUACCACUCCCCGAACGAACAUGAAAAUAAGAAUGCGGGCCUGUUGAUGUGCAGUCCAAGCGCUUUCGACGGCUUCCUUCAGUCCCCAGCGCGCUCUGAGCCUAGCUAUAAAGAUGAUUCCAGGUUUCAAUAUGUGCUAGCAGCAGCGACAUCUAUUGCGACUAAGCAAAACGAAGAAACGCUGACCUAUCUCAACCAGGGGCAACCCUACGAGAUCAAAUUGAAGAAACUCGGCGAUCUGUCACACUCGAAGGGGAAAAUAUUGAAGAGCGUAAUAAAGAUUUGCUUCCACGAGCGUCGUCUACAGUACAUGGAACGCGAACAAAUAGCGCAAUGGCACGCCCAAAGACCUGGAGAGAGGAUCAUUGAGGUCGACGUUCCUCUCUCGUACGGAGUGACGCGUGUAGAACAACCGGCGGCUCUGAACGCUCUUCACGUAUACUGGGAUCCGACUAAAGACGUUGGAGUUUAUAUCAAGGUUAAUUGCAUAUCGACCGAAUUCACGGCGAAGAAACACGGCGGAGAGAAGGGUGUGCCCUUCCGUAUUCAGGUGGAGUCCUAUUUGGCCAGUGAGGAGAGUAUCAGACUCCACGCUGCCGCUUGUCAGAUUAAGGUGUUCAAACUAAAAGGUGCCGACAGGAAACACAAGCAGGACAGAGAGAAGGUGAUGCGUCGACCUCCCUCUGACAUUGAAAAGUACCAGCCGGGAUGUGAAGCCACUGUCUUAACGACCCUGUCAAACGAUGCUCUAAUGCCGCCGCCUCUGGUUACCACUUCACCGCCUUAUUCGCCUGAGCUGUGUGGAAAGCGGACCAGCUAUGGUUGUUUCUGGUGGACGGGGAUACCGCGUCGGCUCCGGAGCGUUCAUCUUCUUCAAUCUGACGAGGCAGGACUACAGCUGACGAGGAGUAUGCUCGUGAUCGAGCAAACUGUUAACGCCCGCCAUAUAGGUCGCGGUGUUAUCCUUAAAGCUAGACUCCUCCACGGACUAGAGGCGAGGGGGUGGCGCAUGAAGUUCUCCUUGCUGAAGGCCGACGUGGAGAUAGAAGCAGAUACAGACACGUACAUAGAGAUCGCGAGGAGGUUGAAAGCCGCCAAUUUUAGCGUCAGGCCGUCACGUCUCCGCUUACCCGCACCAAAAGUGACAAGCCCAGUUCUCUCCAACAAGCCUGUUACGUCCCAGCCUUCGAUUAUUUCUACAAACCAGAUGAAACCGCUCUAUUGUCAAGAUGGUGCAGAAGUGAAAGUGGCAACACCCACAUAUAAUGACAAGAACAAUGGUCUAUCAAAAGAUGCUACAGCGAGUGAGACUCAGGCGUGGUUAUCGCGACACCGUUUUUCGCAGCACGCGUCGACGUUCAGCAACUUUUCCGGAGCGGAUCUUUUGCGACUUUCCCGUGACGACAUAAUACAGAUAUGCGGCCUUGCCGAUGGUAUUCGUCUGUACAACGCUUUGCAUGCCAAACGCAUCGAGCCUCGUUUGACAGUUUACGUCUGCGCCAGCGGUUCAAAUAUAUACAGCGCACUGUAUCUGGACGCGUGUGUUGCCAGUGAAUUGCUCCAUAAGCUCAAGGGCCUGCUACACAAUUCUGCUGCAAAGGAUUGCGACACGGUUUUGGUAUCGGGACCUAACGGGGCAAGAGUUCGACUCACAGAUGAGUUAGUCAGACAUCUACCCGACUCAUCCACCUACAGACUGGAACACAUUGAGAAUUCACUCUUGCUCAGCCCCACUAACAACUAA